GCUUCUGCUGGGGGUUUUUUUGGCUGCGCUCCUGCAGAACGCAGUGGAUUCUCGCAGCUCUUGAGGAAUGUACUGAUGCGCACUGCUCGGCUGGGGGACUGUGGCGUGCGCUCACACUUGAAAAAUGUGGCUUUUUCUUGACGUUGAACUAGUUUGCUUUUUCGCUGUGUAAAGUUUAGGCAAACACAUGGGAGCAGGGUGAGUAGGAAAAACGUUCCACAACUCCGGUCGUGCGUUUUGCGCGCUGCGCCCUCAAGCUGCUGGACUCUUUAAGGGACUGGGACUUGACUUUGUAGGAUCUACGGGACGGACCGUUACUUCAGCUACAGUCAUUUGCAGGAGAAGUGGAUCUGUUUGACAAUGAUGUCCCCUUAAAUCUUGCAUUUCAUCCACGGAAAACAGCAUACACAAUUGCGCCAUGAUUCUAUCUGUGGUCAUUGUACUGUCCUUCCUGGACUCAGUGCUCACCGUAAAAAGUGAGGGAAGUGCAGGCUCCCGGUCAGUGCGCCUGGACUGCGUAAAGGCAAGUGAGCAGUGUCUCAAGGAGUACUCCUGCAGCACCAAGUACCGGACCAUGAGGCAGUGUGUGGCGGGCAGGGAGAGCAGCUUUAGUGCGGUCACCGGAGCGGAAGCACAGGGCGAGUGCCGCAGCGCCAUAGAUGCCAUGAAGCAGAGCCCCCUGUACAACUGUAGGUGCAGGAGAGGCAUGAAGAAGGAGAAGAACUGUCUGCGCAUCUUCUGGAGUAUAUUCCAGAGCUUGCAGGGUAAUGAUUUGUUGGAAUACUCUCCAUAUGAACCAGUCAACAGCCGGCUGUCAGACAUCUUCCGUCUCGCCCCGAUCAUAGCCGCCGAGCCUGCGUCUGCAAAGGAGAACAACUGUCUGAACGCCGCCAAAGCCUGUAAUCUGAAUGACACGUGUAAGAAGUACCGCUCCGCUUACAUCAGCCCCUGCACUAGCAGGGUGUCCACGUCUGAGGCGUGCAACAAACGCAAGUGCCACAAGGCUCUACGACAGUUCUUUGACAAGGUUCCGACUAAGUACAGCUACGGAAUGCUGUUCUGCUCCUGUCCAGCGGGGGACCAGGUAGCCUGUGCUGAGCGAAGACGUCAAACUAUAGUUCCCGUCUGCUCAUACGAAGACAAAGACAAACCAAACUGUCUGUCCCUCCAGAGCACAUGCAAGACCAACUAUAUCUGCAGGUCAAGACUGGCCGACUUUAUCAGCAACUGUCAGCCAGAGACUCGCUCCAUCUCUGGCUGUCUGAGAGAAAACUACGCCGACUGUCUCCUGUCCUAUACUGGUCUCAUAGGUACCGUCAUGACCCCAAAUUACAUGCGAUCUCUUGGUAUUAGCCUGUCACCGUGGUGUGACUGCAGCAACAGUGGGAACAGCAAGCCCGACUGUGAUAAAUUUGCAGAGAUGUUCACAGACAACAGAUGCCUGCGUAACGCCAUCCAGGCGUUCGGUAACGGCACCGACGUUGGCGUUUGGCAACCGCAGCCCCCGAUUGAGGCCACGUCAUUGGAGCCGGGUGUCACCCGCAGGGUUAAAGAGCGGACCAGCGGGGUUCUGGACACCAAAACAGACUUGGGCCAACAACCCCUACAUGAUGUCACUUUGUACCACAGCUGUGGAACCUUACAGGCCCAGAAGCUGGUGUCAAACCAAACAGUGGACCCGACUGUGUGUGAGAAGCAUAAACCGGAUGAUUCCAGCGACUCAAACGCCGUGGCCAGGAGCUCCCCAGCUGAAGUGGCGUGCUUACACCCCUCCAGUAUGUUCCUUACGCUCGCUUUCGUUUUGACGCCAAUACUUACACCAUAAGGUUUCUACGUUUUUUGGUAGAUUUUUGGGCUUUUUGGAAAAUUGCUCUCAUCUCGAUCAAAUCAUUCAUCCCACGAACCUUGAUUCAGGCUUCUGCUGGAGUGUGAAAGACUUUUUUCUUCGCGAGGAGAACCUUUGGAAUUUAUCGACUGAGAAAAUGGCCCGCUGCAGUGCUUAGCAACGGCAGCAGACCAUUUUGCCAUUCUUGCGUCACAAGUACGAUUUGGAUUUGAAAGACUUUCGACCCUGAACUGAACUGUGAUCUGGUACCGUGUGAUCUGUAAAUAAACUUUGCUAACACAUUGAGAAAUAUGGAUUGACUGAAAUGUGUUGUAAGAUGUGGUUGAUGUACUGUAUCAUCCUGUUUCUGAAGAGAUAGUUCAGUUUAAGGUUUGAAUGAAUGAAGUAACAACAUGGUGGUCAGUGGUGCUGAACAUGUGCCCUGUGUCAGGUCAUUAAUGCUUGUGGUCAGUGAAGCCAUGCAGAAAAGUCAACUUGUAACAUCUUUGCCCUCUGACAUAACAACACCUCCAUGACAGUAAGGUCAUCAACGACUAGAAGAUUUGUUUUGCCUGAAAAAAAAAAAAUAAAAAUUAUCCUCAUUUAAAAUGACCCGAGCUACAUAAUGUAUGUGUAUCAUCUAAGAAAGAAUACCAAUCACAUUGCAGUUGAAACAAAAGCAAUUAAAUAUUCAAAUAAAGUGCCAAAUAAUCGAUGUAUAUCACUCAUUCAUACUGGUGUAGAUAUAGGGGAAGUUGCUUCGAGGCCUCAAACUUUAAUUUUAUAUGUGUUCUCUUGCAGUCACUUAUAUCAAGCUGUGCUACAGACUGAAGCUACACAGGUUUCAUUGAAAAACGACUACUUUUGGAUAAAAACAUAGCACGUCCCAAAUGUGUACUGUGUCAUGGUACAGCUAAAAAAGUAAAGGGCUAACGCAGAUUUGGGCUUUCUAUGGAAACUGAAAGCUGCAGUGAUUAACUAACCUAAAGUGCUCAGUCAUGUCAACAGAACAAAUGUUUGUCGUGGAAAUGCAACCAAUAUUUACUACACAGAAAGUCAGACUAACCUAAACAGUUGGGAGUCAGUUUGACAAAAACAAAAGCACCAUCAAUACUGAUGCCAGUCCUGCACCAGGGAUAGAACAACCUACAAUGUUUUAUUUUAUUUUACAACCAAGCCGUGUCAGAGUCAACAUGGGGGUUCCAUUUUAUAGCUGUAGACUUUGGCCAUAGCCACAAGAGUUUUAAAGGGUGAAAACAUUGACUGGGGCCAUAGAACAGUCAGCAGAAAGAACAUGUCAGGACAACACUAUCUUGGAGCAGACUGAACUAGAACUACUGUCCUCAGUUGAUAAGAAGGAAACCUAAGUGUAUAAAGAAAAGUGUUGCUCUUUCUUCAGUCACCAUGUCGUGUACAACAGAACCAUGUAUAUAAAAGAGAUCAUAUUCAGUGAGAUGUGUGUGUCAGAGGAAACCUUUGUUGUCCGGUAUUGAUUAGAGAUCAGUGUGUAGACUGGUUUUUAUUGCCGUGAUGGCCUGUGGUUUUUGUCACGCUGCCUCUGACCGUACAUCUUGUACAUAAGAAACAUGAAUCGUGAGCUGCUGUCGGUUUGUGAAAACACCGUCUGUGAUCUUUUUGAGAGCACAUCAUCUAGUGUAGCUGCAGUUUAUAACAUGUGACAAGAAGGGGUUCCUGACUGCUGUGCUCGCGGACGCAGCUUAUUGUGAGUUUAUAUUUGAAGAGCAAACUGUGCAUCAAUGUUCAUCUCCAAACUGUGUUUUUCCAUGUGGAAUAUUCAAGUGUUUCUGUAACAGCAAUGUAAAGACUUUACAAAAAGAGCGUUAAUAAUUAAAAAGGGACAAUUGUGGUUUUGGU